UUAUGGUUUUUCAGCCUCGCACUCAAUCAAAACUUGCUUUUCCCGAUAUUGGCUGCAAUCUCCGACCACCGUUACUCUCUCUGACGUGCGUUUCCUCCGGCGAUUAAAACCCCUCCUAUUGGGAUGAAGCAAUUUCAAGAGAUUCGCGACUCUCCCUCAUUCUUCCUUUCCCAUGGUGAAACACGGGUUAUGCAAUUUCCAUGCAUUCUCUGAGCACCGCCUCUGCAAUUUCCAGUGAGCUUUCUUCUUUGCCGAUCUUCUUUGGUGACCGCCGGUUCUGUCUUCCUUUUCCACUAAAACCGCCGAGCCCUUUAUCCCUUUAAUUUUACUGAUAGUGAAACUAGAUGCAAAUUUUCUUUCUCCGACCCAAAAAUUGCGUCUCCGGCGAUUCCUCUGUCGCAAUUAUCCUCUGUAAACUCAGGAGAAACACAGUUUCAGCGAUGAACAUCCCAUGUUGUUCAACUGUCAAGAUGACCUGACCUCAGCUGCUCCAGAAAACCUGAUUCAGCUUUGUCGACCUCUUAAUUCAUCUCAUGUGCACUGAGCUUUGAAUCAACCUCUUCAUAAAUCACUUUGCAGCUGCUUCCGAGAAUCACUGUUCUCUUAUCCUUCUGGUAUCUUUAUGUAACUCAUCCUAACCAGAACCUCUUACUCUCGACUUAUUUUCCAGAUUCAAGACACACACGACUAAUUUGUCUUCACUUGAAUCUCCCAACAGCUCCACCUGGAAUCAGUAUUUCUUUACUGAAAUUUGACUGACUUUCUAAACUUCUUUGUUGUUGAACGUGUGCUCACUCAUUAAAGGCUUUGGGUUAAGUCGCUGCAAAUAAUUUUGCAAAGUGUUACAUAUAUGAUGAUUGUUUGAUUAAUAUCAAACUCUUCUUGAUUGAUUUUUUACUAUUAAUCUGUGAGUAUAUCGCUUAGGUUUCUUUUUGAUCCGUAUUAUAAUUGAUAGAGAAAUAGAUUUUGGUUUUGGUUUAAGCCUUUGUCUCAAUCUGUAAUCUCCUCCCGAGAAGCCAAUCCUUUUUUUUCCAACAUUUACAUACUAGACCAACCCGUUAUGCGUUGAAAAAAAAACAAAAAAAAAAACCGUUAUGUCAAACCGACAUACUAAGUCAUAAAUUUUGUUUUCUUGUUUUGAUUGCUUCCCAGAGCCUGUUCUACAUACAUCAGGUUAUUCAAACUUUUCUUCAUCAAUCUGUCUGCAAUUUUGGCCUCUUUUAUAUUGUUUCUUUCGACGUCCUUUUUUUUUGGUUGAAAUUGUUUUGAUUUUCUUCGGUUUGGUUUUAUAUAUACUGAAUGUAACACUGGUUUAUUUUGUUUUUUGGCAGGAUCUUCAGUUAGAGAAACUCAAUCUGACUUCUCCUAUCGGAAUAUCUAACCAGAUAGUAUUAAACCAGUUUAAGUGGCUUUAUCGUCAUCUACAAUUCUUAACUUUGUAGUCGUUUUUUUUGGUCGAAAAAAAAAACUUUGUAGUCGUUGUUUUCUCCGUCCGAAAGCGACCUUCUUUCUACGUAUAUGCAAGUGACGAACUUCUCGCGUUUUAUCUCUUUAAGGCCUCUGCGUCUAUCUUUCUCCGUCGCUGCCACAGCCAUGGAUCGUGAUGCUUCGUGUAGCUUGGUUUUAUGUGGGAAGUCCUCUGUUGAAACUGAUACAGCAAAGCGUUUGAAAAACAAUGACGUGCUUAAACUCACAGAUAAUACUCAAGUUUCACUCUUUAUAGACUCUGAGAUGAAAAGUUUGGUUAAAGAUGAUGAUUCAUUCAAUCUUUCACUGUUCAUGAACUCGAUUUCAACUGAUCGGUUUGGUCGGUUUCUCAUUUGGUCUCCGCGGUUGUCUUCUACUCAUGAUGUCGUUUCUCAUAACUUCUCUGAGCUUCCGGUUGGUUCAGUAUGUGUUACAGAUAUUCAGUUAAAGGGCCGAGAAAUGGAGGAUGGUCGAAUCGUGCCUUUGAUACAGUAUGUGGUAUCUCUUGCUGUAACGGAGGCAGUGAAAGAUGUUUGUCAUAAGAAGGGAUUGCCGUACAUUGACGUUAAAAUAAAGUGGCCAAAUGAUCUCUACUUGAAUGGCCUUAAGGUUGGAGGCAUUUUGUGUACCUCUACAUACAGAUCCAGGAAGUUCCAUGUCUGUGUUGGGGUAGGAUUGAAUGUGGACAACAAGCAACCGACCACAUGCUUAAAUGCAGUACUAGAAGACAUGUCUCCUGCAUCAAACCUACUCAAAAGAGAAGAGAUUCUUGGUGCCUUCUUUCAUAAAUUCGAAAAAUUCUUUGAUCUAUUCAUGGACCAAGGUUUUAAUUCUCUGGAGGAGCUUUACUAUAAGAAAUGGCUACAUAGCGAGCAAAGAGUAAUCGUUGAAGAAAAAAUUGAGGACCGAGUUGUUCAAAAUAUUGUGACUAUCCAGGGUUUGACAUCUUCGGGAUAUUUGCUGGCUAUUGGAGAUGAUAAUCAAAUGUAUGAGCUUCACCCUGAUGGCAAUAGUUUUGACUUUUUCAAAGGUCUUGUCCGAAGGAAAAUAUGAUCCAAAGAAGAUUCCUUGGUGGAAGCAGAUGUUUUAGCACCAUGGACAUAACUAAUAUUCGUUUCGUUUUUGGGGAAUAAAUUAACUGCUUUUCUAAUUCCUAUGGAAAUGUUUUGCAAAACAAAAAACAUCUGUUUAAUAAAUAUUAAAUUAGAACUUGUUGUAUUUUGUUGAAAUUUGAAAAAAAAAUUAUUAGUAAGAACUAC